CAUCGAACCCUCGGUUUUUCGAUCUUUCUUUCCUUUUCUUGGAGGACGAAAUGGGAAGCUUCGAGCCAAGCGAGAGGAAAGAAGUGGCAGAGACGGCGACGUCGAGAGGGUAGACGCGAUCGGUUUGGCUGCGACGGCGGACGAGGAGCGAUGGGGAUCCAAGGGCUGCUUCCCUUGCUCAAGUCGAUCAUGGCGCCUAUCCAUGUGGAGGAGCUCCGAGGCCAGACGGUGGCGGUGGACGCCUAUUCCUGGCUCCACAAGGGCGCCUUCUCCUGCGCCACCCAGCUCUGCAAAGGCCUCCCAACCUCGAAGCAUAUCGACUAUUGUAUGCAUAGAGUAAAUUUGUUGAAGCAUCAUGGUGUCAAACCUAUUCUUGUUUUUGAUGGUGGUAUUCUACCGAUGAAGAUUGAACAAGAGACCAAGCGUUCAAGGACCAGGAAGGAAAAUCUUGCACGAGCAAUGGAACAUGAGACAUUGGGUAAUUCUUCUGCUGCUUAUGAGUGCUACCAAAAAGCUGUUGAUAUUUCACCUUUGGUUGCAUUUGAACUAAUCCAGGUUUUGAAACAAGAUCAUGUUGAUUACAUUGUGGCACCUUAUGAAGCUGAUGCUCAGAUGACAUUCUUGUCCAUAAAUAGCCUUGUUGAUGCUGUCAUCACUGAAGACUCAGACUUGAUACCCUUUGGUUGUUCAAGAAUUAUCUUCAAAAUGGACAAAUUUGGCCAGGGAGUCGAGUUUCAAAGUUUACGUUUGGGAAAAAAUAAGGAGCUUGAUUUAACCGGAUUCACCAAUCGGAUGCUACUUGAGAUGUGCAUUUUUAGUGGUUGUGACUAUCUACCAUCACUGCCUGGCAUGGGCUUGAAAAGGGCCCAUGCACUCGUCAAGAGGCUUAAGAGCUACAAUAAGGUAAUUAAGCACUUAAGGUAUAGUGCUGUUUCUAUCCCACCACUUUUUGAGGAAUCAUUCGGAAAAGCGAUCUGGGCAUUUCAGCAUCAGAGAGUUUAUGAUCCGGCAAAAGAAGACAUUGUUCAUUUGACGGACAUACCUCAUGGUGUUUUUGAAGAUUUGGAUUUUCUGGGCCCAUGGUUACCACAAGGUAUAGCUAAGGAAAUAGCACAAGGAGACAUUGAUCCAUUAACGAAGAUGCCAUUCCAGGGAAAGGACACAUGCAGACAAUUGAUGCUUGGUAGAAAUUGCUUAGAAAAAGAAUCUGUACCAUCAAGUGGAAGGAAAAAGCUAGAUUUGCCUGUCCAGAAAAAUUUAUUGACCAAUUACUUCUGUCUAGCGUCACUUGAAGCAAGACGGAAAUUCAGAGCCCCCAAAGUCAUGCCAAAAGAGUUGGUGGUGAUGGACUCUGAUUCUCCAAGUUCAGAAAAAUAUGAUUCUGAAUCACUUGGUUCAACAGAAGAGGCUACUUGUAUCAAUAAUCACGCAGCACAUGCCCCAGUCAAUGCAAGCACUACUAAUGAUAGUCUGCCCGCAGAGGAUUGUGUAGGAGAUACAACAAAAAUGGAAGAUAAGUCUACCAAUCACAACCAGAAAGUUAGCAGGCUACCUUUGAAUAGUGACCUUAAGGAUCUGCAAUGUUCUUCCUUAUUGCCAGAGCUGAAGAAUGAAACAUGUAAACCAUUUUUGACAUCACACAAGGAAUAUGACUUUAAACUUCAAAUGGCGGAUGUCGAUGUCACGACAAAGUCGACAAAAAGAAAAGUCAUCGUCAAGAGCUCAUAUUUUAGGCAUAAACUAUCGGAUGACAAUGAUCCUGAGAACCAAAAUGAUGGCACCAAUGUGAAUAAUGAAAAUUACGAUUGCACUUCUUGUGAUUGUCCUGUGCCUAAUGGUGCAUCAUGUGGAAAUGCAUGUCUAAAAAGUGGCAUGAAGAAAAGAAAGCCAGUCAAUAUCAGUGACAAGCAACUGGGAGAUCUAGGAUCGAAGAAUGCACGGACAACUUCAACUUAUUUUGAAGAAGAUGGUGAAGCUUCUGAUUCUAGCAACAAAGGCAAAGAGAUGCAGGAGACUGGAAAAUUUGGAUGCAAUAUUUCGCACCUGAACAACUACACCGGUAUAGCAGAGAAAUCAAUGGAAAAAUUUGUUGCGCUCAUUUCGUCCUACAGAUACACUUCAUCAGGUUCACGUGCAAGUGGCCUUCGUGCCCCGCUAAAAGAUGUACAAAAUACAUGUUCUUCAAGGCGGACUGUUGCACCCAUCAAUAUCAACAAAUUUGCAUAUUCAUCCAAAAAAUAAAGAUCGUCAGCAGGAUCUUCCACGUGAUGGAUAAUACUAUCAUCUGGGAUCUGUAUGUAUAAGUGGUCAUGCUCAUUUAUCCCCAUUUCUUCUGGCUUUUCAACGCCUUUCAUUCCCAUACUCGUUAUUCAUUCACAUUGCUACUCAAGGACUGAACAUUGUCUUUCUAUAUUUAUGCUAAUACAUGUUAGAUUUUUGUUCCUCAUCUUUGUGUUUGGUACUUGGAAGUAUCUGCAAAUUUGGUGAAAGUGAUUGAUUGGGCUACAAGUUUGAAUAUGAAGUAAUAAGUUUAGGUGUCAGGUAAAAGGUUGACGAGUCCAACCGAUGUAAGGUUCGAUAAAUCAGAAUUAGUGGCUGCAUGGUCAGUUGUUUGUCACUUCUUUGUCACCAUCUCCGACUCCUAUCAUCCAUCAU